AUGACGACCCUUUUCGGAUCGACGCAGUCGACGGCCACGAGCAGCUCCAGCCUCGGUGACCUCAAAAACGAUGUCGAGGUUGCCAACCCGCCCGAGGACAGCAUCUCGGAUUUGGCGUUUAACCCGGACCCGGAGCAAGCCAACGACCUCUUAGCCGUUGCUAGUUGGGACAAGAAAGUGCGCAUUUACGAGAUCACGCCAACCGGCCAAAACCAGGGCGUGGCACAGAUUGAACAUGAUGCGCCAGUUCUUUCUGUUGAUUUCUUCAGGGACGGCAAAAAAGUGAUCUCAGCCGGCGCCGACAACAACAUCAAGGUUCUCGAUCUUGUCUCCGGUCAAACGACGCAAGUAAAAGCACAUGACCAGCCGGUAAAAUGCGUGCGGACCUUCACCGCCAAUGGCACACCGAUGGCAGUGACGGGAUCGUGGGAUAAAACGAUCAAGUACUGGGAUUUCCGCAGCGACCAACCCGCCAUGACCGUCAACUGCCAGGAGCGAGUUUACGCCCUCGACGUCCGAGACGAUCUACUGGUAGUUGGCACGGCCGACCGUUAUCUCAAUGUUGUCAAGAUGAACGACCCAUCCAGAUUCUACAAGACGAUCCAGAGCCCAUUGAAGUGGCAAACCCGGGUCGUAAGCUGCUUUCUCAAAGGAAAGGGCGACGAUGGGUAUGCGAUUGGAAGCAUCGAGGGGCGGUGUGCGAUCCAAUACGUUGAAGAGAAGGAUUCUGCCUCCAACUUCUCCUUCAAAUGCCACCGCGACGCUCCGCAAGGCAACGUCACCAACGUACACGCCCUCAACGCCAUCUCCUUCCACCCGCAACAUGGAACGUUCAGCACAGCCGGUAGUGACGGCACGUUCCACUUCUGGGACAAGGACGCCAAGCAUCGGCUCAAGGGUUACCCCACUGUCGGCGGCAGUAUCAACGCGACGGCGUUCAACAAAUCUGGCGCUAUCUUUGCGUACAGCGUUAGUUAUGAUUGGUCGAAGGGCUAUCAGGGCAACGUCGCCUCGUACCCGAGGAAGAUCAUGCUGCACCCUGUCCAAGGGGACGAGUGCAAGCCGCGGCCGAGUGUGAAGAAGAGGUAA